CUGUGGUGAAAUGCUUUGGAAAAGAUGCAUGCCUCCCCUCCGAAAAACUCUUCAGUGACUCACAGCUGACUGGAAGCAAUCUCCCAAAUCCAGAGAGAGUAUUCACCCGAGAGGACGUUCACCGUGGAGCAGCCUGCAACACACACACACACACUCAGCGUGCAACAAGCUCAUUUUACGCGUCAAAAAUCAAAGGCAUUGUGCAAAAACGUUGCGCAAGAGAAACUGAUAUCAAGCAAGGCGGCUGCAGAUCUGCACUGGGACUUGACUCGAGGGAGAAAACAUCCAAGAAGAAGGAAGAUUUCUGCUCGUCUGGAAUUUGGAAAAAGAACAAAAUGUCUAAACCCGAUUACUCCGGCACGUUUAAUAUGGUGGAGCAGACUAAUAUGGACUCCUACCUCGGAGCAUUAGAUAUUAAUUUCGCCCUGAGGAAGAUUGUGUGCCUGUUGAGUCCCACCAAAGAGAUCACCCACGACCCGGCCACAGGAGCCAUGAGGAUCCGCACCCUCACCACCUUCAAGAACUUCAACAUGGACUUUACCAUCGGGAAAGAGUUCACUGAAGAUCUGGGACCAGUGGACGGCCGUACCUGUCAGACAACAGUGAACUGGGAGGGAGACAAACUGCUCUGUGUACAGAAAGGCGAGAAAGAAGGACGAGGCUGGACACACUGGCUUGAGGGGGACAAGCUGCAUUUGGAGAUGAGAGUCCAAGGCAUCACUGCCAAGCAAGUCUUUAAGAAGGCUUAAUGAAGUGUUUUAAUGAAGGAAUAUAGAGACGGACUUGGUACAAGAUCUAAAUCAUGUUUAUUGUUUUUAAUUGUAAUCAACAUCAGAAUGAAUAUUAUGUGAAAAUACUGAUAUGUACAUCUUAAUUGUCUCUGUGUGGUGGUACUAACAGAAGAGAGCAAGCGGAGAAGAAUGACUUGUGUGAGCAUUCCCUACUUAUAUUGCACUAUCUAUCUUCCCUAUGUUAUAAACAAAUCAUACACUA